GUUCUGUAACACUCCAUCCUACUCAGUGUUCUAUAGCUCUCCAUCCUACUCAGUGUUCUGUAACACUCCAUCCUCCUCUGUGUUCUACAGCUCUUUAGCCUACUCAGUGUUCUAUAGCACUCCCUUCUACUCAAAGGGCCAUUUAGUCUACAGGCACAGAGGAGGGCUGGAGACAUGGCUCAAUUGUUAAGAGCCCUAGUUGCUCUUACAGAGGAACCAGGUUUAUUUCCCAGCACUUAUAUACAAGCAGAGAAAACAAACACUCCUGCAAAUAAAAUUAUUUAGUAUUUUUUCAUUGAAAAAGGGGGCAUUUGUAGAGUGUAAACCUUACUUGCGAAUAACCUUAAAAGGAACUAUAUAUUGUUUUAUAUCCAUUCUCUAUCCAUUAUUGAAAUUUAAUUGAUUAAUAGAUAGUGUAGUAUACAAAUUUUUAAAAGGCAAUAACUAAACAGUAUUCCAUUCAAAUAAUUAUAUUGCCUAUAAAUUCAUAUAAGUAAAUCAACUGAUUAAGGAUGGGACUUUCUGUAAACAAUGUAGGCAUUUCUGUUUUUAGAUAAGGAAGUGACUAUUAUGUCAAAGAUGGAACUCUGCCUCAGAAAACCCAGGUCCCAAGGGGUUUUUAGUUUUCGUUUCUUUCUUUUAAAAAUUUUUUUUGACCGGAAUUAGUUUUGAUAGAAUAGCCAUUAGUUUUAGGAUUAGACUUUAUAAUUUUUUUUAAUCUUCAAAGUGAUAAUGUUAAAAUUAUUGAGAAUUACUGAAUAAAACCUACAUAUCUUUCUAGGGAGGCUGAGAAGAAGGAUUGCAUAAUUUCUAGUAGGAGUUUAUAAGGGCUGGCAAGAUGGCUGAGUGGUAAAGGCAAUUGCUAUGCGGGGAGACAGCCCGUUUCACUGCUGGUACUCAGAGUGAGAACCCAGCUCCCAGAGUUGCCUCUGGGCUGCAGGGAUUUGCCAGUGUCCUCCCCUUCCCCUGCAUCGGGCUUGUGUGUGUGUUGUGGAGAUCUGAACUCAGGUUUUCAUGCUUGUAUGACAGGUACUUAUCAACUGAGUCAUCUCCCAACACCCGUACCCCCUUUUCUUAAGGUGGGUUCUUGGUUUGCGGACCCUUGACUCUUCUGGUUGUAGCUGUAGGGAUGAUAGAUAUAAACCACCAUCCUGAGCACAAUCAUCUUGUUUUGAUAAUUACAGGAGAGCAUCCUGUGGCAUGCACUCUGAUAGAUCUCUGCUGCUAGCACAGCUUUUUCAUGCUGAUGGAGGUUUGCUCGCUCAUUUCUAUUGCCUAGUAUAGAAAACAAAUAGUAUGGGUCAUAUUGAUGGUUUCAAAGAUUUAUGAGACAUUAGGCAUAAUAGUUCAUGCCAGGAGUCUGAGCUACUUGGGAGGCUGAGUCAGGAUGGCUUAAGCUCAAGAGUUUGGGGCCAGCCUGGGGAUGUGUAGUGAGACCCUAUCUUAAAAAAACAAAACAACCCCCCUCCCCCCCCAAAAAAAAACCCCAACCCAUUGUCUUAGUCAGGGUUUCUAUUCCUGCACAAACAUCAUGACCAAGAAGCAAGUUGGGGAGGAAAGGGUUUAUUCAGCUUACACUUCCACAUUGCUGUUGAUCACCAAAGGAAGUCAGGACUGGAACUCAAGCAGGGCAGGAAGCUGGAGCUGAUGCAGAGGCCAUCUUGCUCAGCCUGCUUUCUUAUAGAACCCAUAACUAUCCGCCCAGGGAUGGCACCACCCAUAGUGGGCCCUUCUACCCUUGAUCACUAAUUGAGAAAAUGCCUUAUAGCUGGAUCUCACAGAGGCAUCAAAUCCAGCCUCUUGAAGUGGACAACCCCAUGACUUAUAUAACCAGUAAAGUGGUGUCUUCAUCUCUGCUGUGUGGCUCCAGAAACUUCAUUCAUUACCAGACAGGUUUUGCCCUCCCAGUCUGUGGCAUCCUUACUUACUUUCUACCUGCAUGGACUUUCCGUCCCUGGGUAUUCUGAAUAAAUGUAAUUGUAUAGCAUGUACCCAUUUCCUGUUAACCACAGGAUAAAGGGAUUUAAGUCUAGAGGUAUCCCCUUUUUUAACCAGGCAAAAUUGAGCACUCUACAUCCCGGAGACUUGGUGAGAUGUGAGAAAGUUGGUGUAGUGAUCUUCCCAAUCAGGUGGGACGAAGGGGUUCAUGAAGCUGCUCUCGUGAGAAUUCUGAGACCAGUUGAAGGACCAGUUGGAAAGGGAAAAUGAGGAAGGACUUUUAAGGGCUGGGCAUAGAGCUCAGUGCCACCUCCUUGCCAAUCAGGCACAGCCCUUCCUUAAUCCCCAGCACUGGUAACCAGCUCCCCCCCCCCCAAAAAAAGAGAAAAAUAACAGAGGAAGAAAAAAAACCCAUUUAUUUCAGAUAUAAAUUCCUUCUUGUUUGUCUGUUGUUUUGAAAUAGAGCUAUACUCUAGCCUGAGCAGACUCAUGACAGCUCUACUGUCGCAAGUCUGUAACUGUAUUUUGAUGGCCUGGCGGUUCAAAAUUUACUAUUUAGUAUUACAGCGAACUGCCUACCUCUAGCUAUUGACCCUGAAAGUCGCUUCUGGCAUUCUGUGCCCUGCCAGCAGCUGCGUUCUGAGGCCUAGGUGGCAAGCGUGGUUUUGUAGGGCCUUGUGGAUCAUUCUCCAAACGUGUCAGUGAGUUCUUGUCCACAUGCGCUCUUAGCUGAAUGCAAAGCUCUUCAUGAUCCGAACUGUCAUUGCUUAAUUUGGUAAUCAGGAUAUUCAUUUUUCUGACCAGUUCACGCACCUUUAGAGCAGGAACACAAAGCUGUCUCUGGGUUCUCUCUUGGCCAGAGUGGCAGCAGUUUUAAAAAAAUCUGCAUCUGAAUGUUGUGACUGCCUCACUGAAGACAGCCUGUCAGCCUGGCAGCUCCAAGCCGGUUAUUUCUGCAUCUUACCCCUUUCCAAUCUCAUGUUUUGACAAAUAAGAUUGUACUUUUGACAAGUGAUUUCUAGUUCAUCUAAGAAUUUCAAAGUGUUUUAAAUAUGUUUAUUAAACUAUCGAAGACAUCUUAUCUUCUCAUCUUUGGUAGAACAAAAUUUUCCUGAUAAGAAGUAAGACAGAGCGUGAUAGGACUGGCAUCCCUGCAAUUAAAAAGUGUUUUAGACAGUAAUUGUUUUUCUUUUCUUUCACAAUAAUUAUUGCUUAGUUUUCAGAAACAUUUCUGUCAAUUCUUCUGAUUUAGACCUGAGUGUUCUUGAAUAAUGGACCUUUCUGUCUGUCUUUCUUGAUCUCUCUCCUCUCCUCUCUUCUCCUUUCCCUUUUGUCCUGUCCUCCCCUCCCCCUCCCUCUCUUUCCCCUUCCCCUUCUCCCUCUCCCUCUCCUCUUCCUAGGCAGACUUGGAACUCACUGGCCUGGAACUCAGUAUUUAAAACAGAACUCAUGGCUGUUCUCCAUCAUCAGCCUCCUUGGACUGAAUUUAUAGGUGUAAGCCACCCCAACCAAAAGUCUUAUUGUUAAAGCAAAUUCUAUGUAUUUAAUAUCAUUAUGUAACUGAAAUUAUAGCUUGUUGUUGUGGUUCAGCAGAUACUUAAUGAUGACUGUGCUAGACUGUUUCAUGUCAACUUGAUACAAGCUGAAGUCACCAGAGAGGAGGGAACCUGAUUUGAGAAAAUGCCUGCAUGAGAAAGGUCUGUAAUCAAGCCUGUAGGGCAUUUUCUUGUUAGUAAGUGACAGGGAAGGGAUCAGCCCAUUGUGAGUGGGGCCAGCCCUGAGCCAGUGGUCUUGGGUUUUUUAAGGAAGCAGGUUGAGCAAGCCAGGGGAAACAAGGCUGAAAGCAGCACCCUCCAUGGCCUCUGCAUCAGUGCCUGCCUCCAGGUUCCUGCCCUGCUUAAUGAUGGCCUACAAUGUGGAAGUAGAAGCCAAAUAACCCCCUUCUACCAGCAACGUGCUUGGUCAUGGUGUCUGAUCAUAGCAAUAGUAACCUAACUAAUACUUAUGCUGAAUCUACCCCAAAGUCUGGAUCCAUAAUGAUGAACAAUUACUACUUAUAGAGCUUACAUAUUCAAAGUAAAUUAUGCCAUUUCAAAUUGAUUGAAAUUUAUUUAUUUAUUUAUUUAUUAGACGGACUUUCACUAUGGCUCUAAAUACCUAGGCUCAAAUAAUUCUCCUUCCUCAGUCUCCCAAGAGCUGUGACUGUAGAAAUGUAUGGAAGGAGCAAAUGGUGGCCUAUCUGGGAAAACAAUACUAAACAAACUGGAGUGCAGAAAAGAAAAUUCCUGUUUUCCAGGAAGAAUGUUUGCAGAUAUUUGCAGCCACUGAGGUCAUGAAGGCUGGUUUGGCUGCAGCAGAGAGAAGGCAGGUACUGUGAGAAUGUGGGUAAAAAGUGUAGAACAUGGGAAGGGCAUUAAUCUUCUAGUUCUGUUCUCUCUCUCUCUCUCUCUCUCUCUCUCUCUCUCUCUCUCUCUCUCUGUGUGUGUGUGUGUGUGUGUGUGUGUGUGUGUGUGUGUGUGUGUGUGUGUAAGAGGAGAGGAGAAGAAAGGAAAGGAGAGAGAUCAAGAAAGAGAGAAAGAAAGAAAGAAAGAAAGCCAAAGAUUCCCUUGAGUAUCUUCGUUGCUCUCAGCCUUUUUUUAUAAUCUGACGAUUACAUGCAUAUGUGUGUUUGAACCUUUCUCCCAUUGUCUCCCUUGCUAUUCUUCCUCCACAGCUUUUCCCUCCUCAUGGGAUUUGUUUUUCUAAACUGCUGAGUCUACUUAGUGUUGCCUGUGUGUGCAUGAGAGUAGGCCAGUCUCUCGAGCCGGCAGCCUCUCUGGGGUCACAUCCUAAGAAAGCCAACUCUCAGCAUUGGUUGCUGGACCCUCAGCUAGGAGUGGGGCCUCACGAGCCACUUCCCCACCCCUGUUAGUAUGUUGGCUGGCUUGAUCAUGUGCAGGAUUUAUACAUGUGAAUGGCCUCUGAGUUCUCAGGACGAUGUGGAGAUUUUUUCCAUCUUACUCAGAUAAGGUCUCUUCAUAACCUGGAGCUUGCUGUUUGGCAGUGAACAUCUGGGAUCUGCUUGUCUCUCACCUCUAGUGCUGUGGCUCUAGGCAUGCACCACUGUGCACCACUUACUCGAGUGCUAGGGAGCCUAACAGAGAAACUCAGGCUCUCAAAUACUUUACACACCGAGCCAUCUCCCAGCCCCCGAAUUUUACUUUUUAUGGAAAGGGAACAUUGACACCGGUCUUUUACUAGGAGAAUUGUGUGGUUUAUGUUGCAGGGUUGUUCCACCUGAUGAAGAGGCCAGCAGAAUGGCAGCUAUGAUAGUCAGGAGGCCCGAGGAUACUGACAUUAAUGAAGGAAGGAAGUGCAGAGACUGCUCUGCCUGCUUCCUCAAAAAGGAGAGAAAAGUCUUUCACUUCAUAUUUAAGUUUUAGUUCUCUGAAUGGUGUGUGUGUGUGUGUGUGUGUGUGUGUGUGUUGAGAUAGUGUCUUACUUCUAGCCCAAGGCAGUUUUGAAUUUUCUAUGUAGCCUGAGCUGGCUCCACGCUCCAAUCCUGUCUCCACCCUGCCAGUGCUGGGGUCACAGCCACGCACCCCAAGCCCAGCUUUGUGGUGAUAACACUGUUAUGACAGUGGACUGACUGACUACUUGCCAGAGAGAUAAGAAAGCCCUUUCUGGCCAGUAGCCACGUCACUGCAUGAACUGGGGAAGUGAGAGCUGGGUUUUUAUGCUGAGUGUCUGUCUAGUUGUAUUCUGUCUCGGAGUUCAGGCAGACGGUCGCUUGCCCGUGUCCACCCUUUCACAGGUUGUUUUAAGGUGUGGAGAACUCACAGCAGGCCUAGAAAUAGUCUUCCAGUAGGACGUGAUACUUUCUUGUUUUUGAGACAGGAUCUCAUGUAGCUAGGCUGGCUUUACACUUCCAAUCUCUGUUCUUCAAUGCUCUGAGUACUGGGAUUCGAGGCCUAUGCCAUCAUUCCUAGUAAGAUGGCAUCUGCUUGUUUUUUGGGGUGGGUUGGUUGCCCUGUUGCCCUUUAGUGUCUGGUAUUAUGUCACGUGAGGACAGGUCGAUGCAGGCGUCUCGUGCACCCUAAGCACAGCUCCCCACACCCGGCUACUCUUCCCUUCCUCACAUUCCAGCUCCCAUGAGCUCCUUCCAUUCUUUGAUGAUUUCACUUUUACUGUCAUGUGAUGUCACAUGUACAUACAUGAUUUUAUGCAUCAGUAUAAAAUCCAGGAACCAUAAAUGCGAGAAAGUGUGGCUUUUGUCUGCAGUCACAUUUGUUUUUCUGCAGACGACACAACUUCAUUCUUUAUGGAUGAAAAAAAUUGCACUGUGUGUACAUAUAAACAACCUUUCCUUUAUUCCUCUGUGACAGACAGGGAUGUUGGUUCCUUAGCUGUUCUGAGUUGAGUAGCAAGGACCUAUGAUGCCCAGAUACCCACCAUUCUGAGACUGCUACUGAAUGUCCAGGGUGAUGACUUUCUGCUUCUACAAUUUCAUUAUGUUUUUUUUUAAUGGCUGAAAAAUAAUUCCAUUGUGUGUAUAAACUGCAUUUUCUUUAUCUAUUCCUUGUGACAGACAUGGAUGCUGGUUCCUUAGCUGUUGUGAACAGAGCAGCAAGGACUGAUACGCAGGCAAAACUCUAAUGUACUUUCACCGUGAGGUGCUGCGCAUUGUCUAAAACGCUCCGAGAGCACUUUCCUCUCUGUUGCCCAGCCUCUUAGCCAUGUCUGCCUAGCCAGUUGCUCUGUCAUGGGCAGUGGCGGGAGUCAGGCUGGGAGAUGAUGGUUCCAUCGCUGUCCAUGUACUCCUGCAUCUGUACACUACCCAUAGCUUGACAGGAAAGGAGUUUCAAAACCACAGCCAAACAAGCAGUGCAGUAAACUGCAGUGGCAAUAACUAGAUAUAAAUAUACAGGCUUGUCCUUAUAGUAGAGAUGCUGCAUAUGUGAUCAUGUAUGUAUAUAAUCGAACUCACUGAAGUGUUAAAAUUUCCAACAUAGUAAAAUGACACAAGAUCACACAGAUACCAAGUGAUGGCUCGUGAGUUUGCUUCAGGCAGUAUUAUUGAAAUAAAAAUUCCUUUGUUAAGGACAUCAGUUAACUGCCCAGUUAACUUCUAUCUGGUUAUGAAGGCAGCUGUAGUUUUUAAAAGAAUACAUUAGACCAGUAGGGCUGGUUAAAGCAUGUAGUCCCAGCCCUUGGGAGUCAGAAGCAGAAAGAUCAGAAGUUCAAGGUUACCCUUGGCUAUAUACCUAGUUCAGACUAGCCUAGGACAUAGGAGAUCCUGUCCUCUUCCCCAAAGUAAAGAUAUAACCUUGUUAGGUGGAGAGAUGGCUCAGCAGCUUAGAGUACUGGCUGCUCUUUCUGGGUUCAAAUCCCAGCUCCUACAUAGAGUUCACAGCUGUCUGUAACUACAAUUCUAGGGGACUGGGAACCCUCACACAGACAUACAUGUAGGCAAAUGCACAUAGAAGAAGAAUUGCUUAAGAUUCAAAUUAGGUCUUUUCUCCUCUUCCUCUCCUUCUUUGUCUCUGUUUUCUCCCUCCCUUGUGUCUCAGUCCUCUCUGUAUCUCUCUCAUCUUGGUUCUCAUUCCCUUCUUGGAGAACUUUUAUCAACCUAAAGUUUUAUGUGAUGUUAGCAUAGUCUUUAUAGUUGUGUUUAUGAAUGUAUGUAUUGAUCUGGAUACUGACUUGUCUAUUAACUAUAUCAUGUCUGUCAUCUAUCAUCUAUAUCUACCUAUCUAUGUAUCAUCUAUCAUCUGUCUAUUUCUACUGCCUAUCAUUUGUCUGUGUAUCAUCUCUAUCAUUUGUUCUCUCUCUCUCUCUCUCUCUCUCUCUCUCUCUCUCUCUCUCUCUCUUUCUCUCUCUCUCUUUCUCUCUCUCAUCUAUCAGUCUGUUAUCCACCUGUCCAUCUCCAGACCACACCUCUUCCUCCUUGUCCCCAUUGCUGCAUCUGUCAUCUCAGUACCUUGAACUCUACAGGUCUCAAGCUGAAUUUGUGAUCUUCCUGUUCUGACUGUCAACUAUGCUUUAAUUAACAAAGUGCCCGUUGUUUCUGAAAGACGGUACACAUUUUGCGAUAACCCUUAAUUCCUUCCCUCUUGGCCCCCUUCACCAGCAGGAUCUCCUAAGAAGUCUUCUUUUUUGGUUGUGCUCCCCCAAUUCAAGGCUCCUUCACUCCUUAUUGAUUUAUUGCCACAAAAACUUAUUUGAUCUUCCUGCCUUUAUUGUUUUCCUGUUCUGUCUUUCAGAGCAUUUACAGGAUUAUCAACUAAAGCUCAAAUAGAUUUUUCCAGCAGCUUGUGUGACAUCUUGUGCAGGUUCAUCACUGUAGCCUAACCCUGGAGUCAGGAUGAAGUCUUUGGGUUCUGGCUGACAACUGGAGCCUCCUUCCCACCACUUUGUGUGCACACACACAGGGAGUUUAGCAACGUUUCCUCUUCCUAAAAUGGGAAUGUUAAUAGUCCCUUUUCAUGAGGAGGUUAUUUCAUGUUAUUUGUGUUUGUGCACACGUGUGUGCUUGUGUGUGUGUGUGUGGUGUGUGAGUGUGUGUUUGGUGUGUGUGUGCACUCCUGUGAGGCACUCUCCUUUAUCACCCUCAUUUCUUUGAGACGGGGUCUCUUCCUAAACCUGAACCUCAUCCUUCUCAGUGAGGCUGGCAGCAGUGAGCCCAGCAAUGCUCCUGUCUCUCCCCCCCUCUCCUACUGCAGUGCUGGGCUAGGGACCACACUUUGAGACGUCAACUCCGGUUCCCAUACUUACAUAAUAACUGCUUAACUACUGAGGUGUCUCUCCUGUUCCAAGAUGAUAUAAUUUUAAGGAUAUAAAAUAACCAUCUGAGAUGUUUUAGUGCAUGAGUAUACUCAGUGAAUGAUAACUGAUAUUGGUAAUACUCUUUUGUAGCAUUCCUAGCUUUCUAUAUUGUCUUAAAAUGUUUGUGUGUGUGAACAUGUAGAUGGGCCCCAUCUUCAAGUGUUAUGUCUUAUAUGCCGCUCACCUUGUUUGAGGCAGCAUCGCUCACUGAGACCUCGGGGUUUGUGAGUAGGCUGGCCCAGGUGCCUCAGCGAUCCUCUUGCCUCAGGUCCCGAUGCUUUAGCACGUGAGCUGUCUUCCCACCCUGCCCCUCUUUAGUUUUAGCCAUGCAGCCCACAUUGGCCUCCAAAUGCACUGCCUCUGCGGCUAUACAAGUCUUCCUUAUGUAACUGCAGUGCAGCCUGACUCGCAUCUUAGGGUCCAGACCUAUUGGGUGACUUUCUAAUGUGGCCGCAAUACUGGCCGCUCAGGCAUGGGCUCCUCCCUGAGUCUAGCUCACUGUCACUCAGCCUGACCUGUGGAAACUACUCCAGCAGCCACAGUCAGAUUCAACCACUCUUGGGUUCCCCUGUCCUAACGACACAAGUGCCUGAUGACUCCCUGUGUCCUCAUGCUUGUCAAGUGUGGUCCUGCACUGUUGGCUGGUGCUGGUAGCUCUGCACUUCCUUCCUCCACCUCUACCUGACUGCUCCUUCCUCCAGCACACCACCAUCAUCCUUUCUGCUUUGGAGGGAGGUGCAUAGCUAGCCAGUGGAGGAAGUGAGGCAGGGACAUUAGAGAACAGGCAGUUUCCACAGCCAGGGGGCGUGUGGCUCACUGCUGAACUGUGUCUGUCCACAGUCAAUGUGACAUGUCUCAGUCCCUACAGACCCCUCUCCACGGUCAGGGUGGUAUGUGUCGGUCCUUACUGAAUCCCGAAGAAUGUGACAGCAAUGCUGACAGGCAUGUUCUUAGCACUGACUCAUUUUCAUUCAGGUUUGCAUAGACAAGUCGUUAGUGAAAUAAGUUGUGUUCACUAGACUGGCAUGCACCACCUGUGUUUAGGGAUGUUAUUUGCCAAGUUUUAUGUUAAAAAGUCAGUAGGUUGGGGUUAGAGAAGUGGCUCAAUCAAGAGAACUUUCUGCUCUUCUGGAGGACUAGGGUUCAAUUCCCAGCACCCAUAUGCUGUCUCACAACCAUCUAUAACUUCAGUUUCAGGGGAUCUGAUGCCCUCUUCUGGCCUCCAUGAGUACCAGGCAUACAUGCGUUGCACAAACACACAUGCAGGCAAAAACAUAUAUACAUUAAAUAAUUAAACAUAUCUUUUAAAAAUCAGAAAUGCCCUUUAGUAUCUUAAGAUCUGUAACAUAUAUUCUUGGUGCUCAGUUUUGAGUCUUGGAAGCAGUGACCUGUGGUAACAAUAGCUUCAUAUAAAUAAUCCCUAAUAGUGCAAGUGCAUUGGCAUAAUGGAAGCCUGUGAGUAUCUCAGGUACAAAUACCAAUCCACCCUUUAUUAUAUAAGGCCUAGUAAAUAAGAUACAAAGAAGAAAAAUAUAAAAGGUUAAGUAUGGUGUUGGUAUUUAAAAGCUUCUAGUUAAUGGUCCUCUAUUAAAUGAAAGCUAAAACAGUUACUAGACUUCAGGGGAAGAAGUCCCACACAGACUACAAAUAUGUGACACACAGGGAAGACAUGUAAACAAUGAGAAGACAUCUUAAAGCUUUGGAUAACUCUGAUGUAAUUAGGUUGAUUCUCUUUUGACAGGCAUGUUUUGGUUGGCUUGUUAGAAUGCUUCGGGAGAGUUCUGAGCAAAAGGAAAUGGGGAAGUUUGUAGCUCCUCCUGACAUAUUAGAGGCCUCACCAGGAGUCCUUACCACCUGCUCCCCCCCCCCCCCGCCCCCCAAUCCUGGACUUGAGCUUCACAUCUUCAUAGCUUCUUUCGUUUCAGACCCGGUUUUCAUGUAUGCAUUCUGCUUGCCCUGUCUGUUUGAAAAUGUGUGUUAGAUAGAAGGUCAAAAGAAAUGUCCCCUUACCUCUAAGGCCACCACCAGCCAGCCACUCAUGUCUCCAGGAGGGGCCAGACCUCUAGGUCUUUCUUUGCUGUCAACUUGGGAUGUGGCCUUGGAUUUGGAUGUGGCCAGGUCACGGAAAGACUCUGAGCUUCAGUGUUGUUAUCUGUCAAAGAGUAAUAAUGAGCCCUUUAACCAUAGUGUUAAAAAAGUUCCUAGAGCCUCAUAAAAUCAGAGUUAAUAUUUUCUCUUGUAUUAGGUAGGUUAAAAUUAAAUGCUGCUUUGGGCUGGGCAUGAUACAUGCCUGUUAUACCAACAGUUUGUGAAGCUCAGUCAGGAUGAUUAAAGGUCAGACUAGAACUCCAACAUUCACACACACACACACACACACACAGAGAGAGAGAGAGAGAGAGAGAGAGAGAGAGAGAGAGAGAGAGAGAGAGAGACACACAUAGAGACUGUUUGAGACAGUGAGACAUUCCGAGAGACAGAGAGACAGAAAGAGACAGAGAGAGACAGAGACAGACAGACAGACGGACAGAGACUGCUUCAGCCGUGACCUUUCUCACUGUUAAUCUUUCCAGUGCUUUGCAUUCUAUACAGUAAACUCCAAAUUUGGUUCCAACAACAAACUGCCUUGUCUUCCAUAUGAAGUAGAAUGGAGUCUUACUCAUUCGCCGUUCUUUUCCACUCUGUCUUCUUUCAUUCUUGUUUUGUUUUGUUGUUGGAACCCAACUGGCCUGGGUGUCAAGCCAUCUAGGAAGGAGUUACAGGAGUUCGUAGAUUAGAUGUGGGGAAUGUUGUGGCAGGAAUCUGUGAUCUUGGGAACAUAGUGACAUCAUGGUCAGAAGCUAGGGCUGUUGGGAAGAGAGCUGAUUUUAGGAAAGACGAUAGGGAAUUUUCAGUUCGAGUAGGAUAUGUAUAGGAAGUUGCCAGAACAAUUUGAGUAUGUCACAGUACACUGAAAAUGUUGGCUUUCUUUGUGGCUGAAGUCAUGAUUUGGAGCAGACUCUUCCUUGUGUUUGUAGCACCCAGGAAAGGGGUUGACGGGGUACGGUGACGACAAGGGGUGUGUAGUAUACAGAGAGAGCCCUGAGUGAGUGAGUAUGUGCUUUGACACAGGCGCAGCCAUGACUCAGACUCAUGAGUCUCAGGGUCAGAGAGUUGGCACAGCCUUCUCCAGGGGACUUGAGUUCAAGUGUCGAUGAUGUGUGUGGAAAAGGUCCACAAUAGCUUUCUCCUCUGGAUGGUUAAGGCCUGAAGACUGCUCGCCUGCAAAGACUGCUCCAACUGAGAUUGCUAACUGUGUCUCCUUGGUCGGGUGCAGACCAUGGGCCCUACCUCCUUGCUUCUCUGUAAUAACCUCACCUCGUUGCUCAUCUGAAGGCAGGAACCUCACCUCUGUUCAACUCCAGAUACUAAACACAAUGAUCUUCUGGGGAGCUGAGGUUUCUCCAUCAGAGAUCCCAGACCAUCUGACCCCAGGUGUCCAUCUAUCUGUCUUUUCCUCAUUCCCUUACCACCCCAAUCAGGUUCCAGUCCCUGGAGCUGUGCAAGGACAUGGCAGGGUUAUGUGGCAUGUAGCUGUGGUGUUGAGUGUGUAAUGACUUAGGCUCUGGAGUAAGGUCCUGUGGGUCUGACUUCCAGUUCUCAAGUGCUGUCUGUGUGUUUCAGUUGAGCAAGCAGCCUCCCAUGGAAGGUGGAGUGAGUGAGAGUCACUGGAGGUUGGCUAUUUGGGGUGUUUUAGUCACAGCCCUGCUGCAUCAGAUUCCCUGCAUAAGUAGUUCUGAUAGUUGAUGAAGAAUGUUGAAUGCAGUUAACAGUGUGGGCACCCCUUAGUAGAAUAGUAAUUUCUAAUGCCAAUUGUAUUAGCAUCUACCAAAAUAACCUUAAGGGGGAAUGGCAGUCAACAGGUGUGUUGGAUAAUACAUGAUAAUAGUAUUAUAUACUAUCUUGUAUUCAUGAAUUAGUCAGCAUCCAUAAGAUGGAAUUUUUGCACAAAAGAGGAAUAAAACUCAGGCCAUCUAUAUCUGCCUAUCUAUCUAUCUAUCUAUCUAUCUAUCUAUCUAUCUAUCUAUCUAUCUAUCUAUCUAUCUAUCAGUCAUCUGUCCAGUCUAUCCAUCUAUCUGGUUUUUCCAGGCUGGGCUUCUCUUUGUAGCCCCGGCUGGCCUUGAACUCCAAGAUCUGCCUGCUUCUGCCUCCCAAGUGCUAGGAUUAAAGGCGUGUACACCACUGCCCGGCUGCAAUAUUUUAUAGUAAUACAAUCAGUGCUACUCAAGCAUGGUGGUCUGUGCUUGUAGUUCCUGCUCAGCUACUCAGGAGGCUGAAAUGGAAGGAUGGCUUGAUUUCACAAGUUCAAGACCCACCUUACUUAUAUAGUAAAACUUUGUUAAAAAGCGGUUUAAUUUAGAGAAGCAAAUAAAAUGUAUAUAUAAGUUUAUUUAUGAUAAAGUUUCUGAUUAACUUUUUUUUGAUCGAGAUCUCAAAUCUCUUCUUUAAAUCAGAAUUUUUAGGGCUUUCAAAAAAGAUUAAUUUUAAAAUUUAUUUUAUUUAUGUUGUGUUUUGCUUGUUUGAGUCUCACAGUCAUAUGCAGGAGUCAGUGGAGGUCGAAUCCCAGGCAAUGGCUUGUCCUCUGGGAAUAGGUCCUCAGUACAGUUAGCCACGCGGCGGCCAUCUCUCCAGCCCCUCUGUGGAAGUUUGAUUUGGACUCUUGCCCCUUUUACUUCUCCAAGUAGCUCAUACAAAUAUAAGAAUUCUUGAGAGGUUUCGGAGCCGGCCUGUGGACGCAUAUGGAACUGUAGCUUCACUUUUCUGCUGUGUAAAUGUCGUGGCACUAAGACCCAGAAACUCUUUGCUGUGGUGGCUGGAGCUGGGCUGGCUGUGCUCGCACUGAAGGGAAGGAAGUCAUUAGUGCAGACCGAGCUGUGGAGUUAGGUUCUUGCAGGAUUUCCUUCCAGCCUUUCCCCACUUAGGUUCUUGGGAAUUAAGAAAAAAAAAAUCUAAACACACAAACCAAGUUUUCCUAUUUACUAGGUUCAGGGAAGGUGGACAUUUCGGAAGGGCAGAUCCGAUCCCAAGUUGUCUAAGAAGCAGAAAACUGCGCAAAGAAGCUCUGAUUACAGAUCUUUGGAAUUUUCUUUGCUAAAUUUUUACAAACGAGAAAUACACCCAGAAUUUUGGGAAUUGCUCCAGGCUGCGUGUGAGGGUUUGAUUGCUUGUCUAAUCUUUUUCUUUUUUGGAGAAGAGGAGAAUUCGCCAAGAGGGGCUUGGAUGGCAGGAGCCCGGCCGGGUUUCUGUGGCAGCUUCUGCCGUGGGUCUCUGCUCUGAGGGGUCUGCGGCCCAUCCCAGAGCUCCUGCCUGGAGCCUUUUCGCAGGCGCGGGUCGGGGAACAUGCCCCGCUCCGGCCCGGGCGCGCCUCUGGCCGCCGGGACGUCCUAGCCCCGUGGGAGAGUGUGGUGGCCGCGGCACUUCGCGCUGAACCGAAGACGAAGACUGUCUGUCCUAUCGGGGAAAGAACGAGGGGGUGCAAGGAGGCAGCAUGACUUGCAGUCGCCGCCGCCCUGCGUCUGCCCCCAGCCCCCAGCCCACCUCUUGAUGUGUCCCGGGUCGGCUGUACAAAUAUGAUGAAAUGGCAGCCCCGGAAGAAGGCAUACUUCCGACAGGGUGUUGCCCUCCAGUACCUUGGACGUCACGCGGAUGCCCUGGCAGCCUUUGCAUCUGGGCUGGCUCAAGACCCCAAAAGUCUCCAGCUCCUGGUGGGAAUGGUGGAAGCUGCCAUGAAGUCUCCCAUGAGAGACACCCUGGAGCCCACUUACCAGCAGCUUCAGAAAAUGAAACUGGACAAGAGUCCCUUUGUGGUCGUGUCUGUGGUUGGGCAGGAGCUCCUGACAGCCGGCCACCAUGGGGCCUCCGUGGUUGUCUUAGAAGCUGCCCUGAAGAUUGGCACUUGCAGCCUCAAACUGAGAGGCUCUGUCUUCUCCGCCCUGAGCAGUGCACACUGGUCUCUUGGCAACACAGAGAAGAGCACUGGGUACAUGCAGCAAGACUUGGAUGUAGCCAAGACCUUAGGUGACCAGACAGGAGAAUGCCGAGCUCAUGGGAACCUAGGCUCUGCAUUCUUUUCCAAGGGGAAUUACCGAGAGGCCCUCACAAACCACAGGCAUCAGCUGGUGCUCGCCAUGAAGCUCAAGGACCGGGAGGCAGCAUCAUCAGCGCUGAGCAGCCUGGGUCAUGUGUACACCGCCAUCGGCGACUACCCCAAUGCGCUGGCCAGUCACAAGCAGUGCGUCCUCCUGGCCAAGCAGUCCAAAGAUGACCUUUCUGAAGCCCGAGAACUCGGGAACAUGGGAGCUGUGUACAUCGCCAUGGGUGACUUUGAGAACGCCGUGCAGUGCCACGAACAGCACCUGCGGAUCGCCAAGGACCUGGGGAGCAAGCGCGAGGAGGCCCGCGCCUACAGCAACCUGGGCAGCGCCUACCACUACCGGAGGAACUUUGACAAGGCCAUGUCCUACCACAACUGUGUGCUGGAGCUGGCACAGGAGCUGAUGGAGAAGCCCAUCGAGAUGCGAGCCUACGCUGGCUUGGGCCAUGCAGCCAGGUGCAUGCAGGACCUGGAGAGGGCAAAACAGUACCACGAGCAGCAGCUGGGCAUUGCAGAGGACCUCAAGGACCGGGCAGCAGAGGGCCGUGCAUCCUCCAAUUUGGGGAUAAUCCACCAGAUGAAAGGCGAUUAUGACACAGCCCUGAAGCUCCACAAGACCCACCUGUGCAUCGCCCAAGAGCUGAGUGACUAUGCAGCCCAAGGCCGUGCCUAUGGAAACAUGGGCAACGCCUACAACGCCCUGGGCAUGUAUGACCAGGCUGUCAAGUACCACCGUCAAGAGCUGCAGAUCUCCAUGGAAGUGAAUGACCGCGCCUCUCAGGCAUCGACUCACGGGAACCUGGCCGUCGCCUACCAGGCCCUGGGAGCCCAUGACCGGGCGCUGCAGCACUACCAGAACCACCUGAACAUCGCCCGGGAGCUGAGAGACAUCCAGAGCGAGGCCCGGGCUCUCAGCAACCUUGGGAACUUCCACUGCUCCCGUGGAGAGUAUGUGCAGGCUGCGCCCUACUACGAGCAGUACCUCCGUCUCGCUCCCGACCUCCAGGACAUGGAGGGGGAAGGGAAGGUCUGCCACAACCUCGGCUAUGCCCACUACUGCCUCGGAAACUACCAGGAGGCAGUGAAGUACUAUGAGCAGGAUCUGGCUCUGGCCAAAGACCUUCACGACAAACUGAGCCAGGCGAAAGCCUACUGCAACUUGGGCCUGGCCUUCAAGGCUCUGCUGAACUUUGCUAAGGCCGAGGAGUGCCAGAAGUACCUCCUGUCCCUAGCCCAGUCCCUGGAUAAUUCCCAGGCUAAGUUUCGAGCCCUAGGGAACCUGGGCGACAUAUUCAUCUGCAAAAAGGACAUAAACGGUGCGAUAAAGUUCUACGAGCAACAGUUGGGCUUAUCUCACCAUGUGAAAGACAGACGGCUGGAGGCCAGUGCCUACGCGGCCCUGGGUACUGCCUAUCGAAUGGUCCAGAAGUACGACAAGGCCUUGGGUUACCACACACAGGAGCUGGAGGUCUACCAGGAACUGAGUGACCUGCCGGGGGAGUGCCGGGCACACGGGCACCUGGCGGCCGUCUACAUGGCCCUCGGCAAAUACACAAUGGCGUUCAAGUGUUACCAGGAGCAGCUGGAGCUGGGGCGGAAGCUGAAGGAGCCGAGCCUGGAAGCUCAGGUGUACGGCAACAUGGGUAUCACGAAGAUGAACAUGAAUGUGAUGGAGGACGCCAUUGGCUACUUUGAGCAGCAGCUGGCCAUGCUGCAGCAGCUGAGCGGGAACGAAUCUGUGCUGGACAGAGGCCGGGCCUACGGCAACCUGGGGGAUUGCUACGAGGCCCUGGGGGACUACGAGGAGGCCAUCAAGUACUAUGAGCAGUACCUGUCUGUCGCCCAGAGUCUGAACCGCAUGCAAGACCAAGCCAAGGCCUACCGGGGUCUAGGAAAUGGGCACAGGGCGACGGGAAGCCUGCAGCAGGCCCUCGUGUGCUUCGAGAAGAGGCUGGUGGUGGCCCAUGAGCUCGGGGAGGCCUCCAAUAAAGCUCAGGCCUACGGAGAGCUGGGAAGCCUCCACAGCCAGUUAGGGAACUACGAGCAAGCCAUCUCUUGCCUUGAACGCCAGCUGAACAUUGCCAGGGACAUGAAGGACCGAGCCCUGGAAAGCGAUGCGGCCUGUGGCCUGGGGGGUGUCUACCAGCAGAUGGGAGAGUACGACACAGCCCUGCAGUACCACCAGCUCGACCUGCAGAUUGCAGAGGAGACAGACAACCCCACAUGCCAGGGCCGGGCCUACGGGAACCUGGGACUCACCUACGAGUCCCUGGGCACCUUCGAGAGGGCUGUGGUCUAUCAGGAGCAGCACCUGAGCAUCGCGGCGCAGAUGAAUGACUUGGUGGCCAAGACCGUGUCCUACAGCAGCCUGGGAAGGACUCAUCAUGCCCUGCAGAACUAUUCGCAGGCAGUCAUGUACUUACAGGAAGGCUUAAGGUUAGCUGAGCAACUGGGUCGAAGAGAAGAUGAAGCAAAAAUUCGCCAUGGUCUUGGUCUCUCCCUUUGGGCAAGUGGAAACCUGGAGGAGGCUCAGCACCAGCUUUACAGGGCAUCGGCCUUGUUUGAAACGAUUCGGCACGAGGCACAGCUGAGCACAGACUACAAGCUCUCUCUCUUCGACCUGCAGACAUCAUCCUACCAGGCCUUGCAGCGGGUGCUCGUCAGCCUAGGCCACCACGAUGAAGCCCUGGCCGUGGCAGAAAGGGGCCGGACGAGAGCAUUUGCUGACCUGCUGGUGGAAAGGCAGACGGGACAACAGGACUCCGACCCCUACUCACCCAUCACCAUCGACCAGAUCUUAGAGAUGGUUAACGCACAGCGGGGACUAGUGCUGUACUACUCCCUGGCUGCAGGCUACCUCUACAGCUGGCUGCUUGCUCCUGGAGCGGGAAUCCUGAAGUUUCACGAACAUUACUUGGGUGAUAAUUCAGUGGAAAGUUCCAGUGAUUUCCAAGCCGGCAGCAGUGCAGCCUUGCCCGUAGCAACCAACUCUACACUGGAGCAGCACAUCGCCAGUGUCCGGGAGGCCCUGGGGGUGGAGUCUUACUACUCCAGGGCCUGUGCCAGCAGUGAGACAGAAAGCGAAGCUGGAGACAUCAUGGAACAGCAGUUGGAGGAGAUGAACAAGCAGCUUAACUCGGUAACCGACCCCACGGGCUUCCUGAGGAUGGUGCGCCACAACAACCUCCUGCACAGGAGCUGCCAGAGCAUGACAAGCUUGUUCAGUGGUACGGUGUCACCCAGCAAGGAUGGGACCUCCUCUCUGCCCAGGAGGCAGAACUCACUGGCCAAGCCCCCACUCCGUGCCCUGUACGAUCUGCUCAUCGCACCCAUGGAAGGGGGCCUAAUGCACUCCAGCGGCCCCGUGGGCCGGCACCGGCAGCUGGUCCUGGUUCUGGAGGGGGAGCUCUACUUUGUCCCCUUUGCUCUCCUGAAGGGCAGCGCCUCCAACGAGUACCUGUACGAACGCUUUACCCUCAUCGCUGUGCCCGCCGUCCGCUCGCUUGGUCCGCACUCCAAGUGUCACCUGAGGAAGACCCCGCCCACAUAUUCCAGCUCCACCACCAUGGCGGCCGUCAUAGGCAACCCUAAACUCCCAUCGGCAGUGAUGGACAGGUGGCUGUGGGGCCCGAUGCCCUCAGCAGAGGAGGAAGCAUUCAUGGUGUCAGAGCUCCUGGGAUGUCAGCCCCUGGUGGGCAGUAUGGCCACCAAGGAGAGGGUCAUGAGUGCCCUGACCCAGGCCGAGUGUGUCCACUUUGCUACCCACGUCUCUUGGAAGCUGUCGGCCUUGGUCCUCACACCCAACACAGAGGGCAACCCCGCCGGCAGCAAGAGCUCCUUUGGCCACCCCUACACGAUCCCCGAGUCGCUGCGGGUGCAGGAUGACGCGAGUGACGUCGAGAGCAUCUCAGACUGCCCUCCACUGCGAGAGCUGCUGCUCACUGCGGCUGACCUCCUGGACCUGCGGCUGUCAGUGAAGCUGGUGGUGCUCAGCUCGUCCCAGGAGGCCAACGGCCGCGUCACAGCAGACGGCCUGGUGGCGCUGACACGGGCCUUCCUGGCCGCUGGCGCGCAGUGUGUGCUUGUGGCUCUGUGGCCCGUGCCGGUCGCGGCUUCCAAGAUGUUCGUUCACGCCUUCUACUCAUCCCUGCUGAAUGGCCUGAAGGCCAGCGCCUCCCUGGGCGAGGCCAUGAAGGUGGUGCAGAGCAGCAAGGCCUUCUCACAUCCCUCCAACUGGGCAGGUUUCACACUUAUCGGGAGUGACGUCAAACUGAACAGCCCCUCGUCACUCAUCGGCCAAGCUCUCACGGAGAUCCUGCAGCACCCGGAGCGGGCACGGGACGCCCUGCGCGUGCUGCUGCACCUGGUGGAAAAGUCCCUGCAGCGGAUCCAGAAUGGACAGCGCAAUGCCAUGUACACAUCUCAGCAGAGCGUCGAGAACAAAGUGGGCGGCAUCCCUGGAUGGCAGGCUCUUCUCACCGCAGUGGGCUUCCGGCUGGACCCUGCGGCCAGCGGGCUGCCGGCAGCCGUCUUCUUCCCAACCUCAGACCCAGGCGACAGGCUGCAGCAAUGCAGUAGCACUCUCCAGGCCCUGCUGGGUCUGCCCAACCCAGCCCUCCAAGCACUGUGCAAACUCAUCACGGCCUCAGAGACGGGAGAACAGCUUAUCAGCCGGGCUGUUAAAAAUAUGGUGGGAAUGCUCCAUCAGGUGCUGGUUCAGCUGCAGGCCUGUGAGAAGGAACAGGACUUUGCCUCGGCUCCCAUUCCAGUCUCCCUCAGUGUCCAGCUAUGGCGGCUCCCAGGGUGCCAUGAGUUCCUGGCAGCUCUCGGGUUUGACCUGUGUGAAGUGGGCCAAGAGGAAGUGAUCCUGAAAACUGGUAAACAGGCUAGCCGGCGCACCACCCACUUCGCUCUCCAGUCCCUGCUGUCACUCUUCGAUUCCACUGAGCUCCCCAAGCGCCUCAGCCUGGACAGUUCCUCCUCUCUGGAGUCCCUGGCAUCCGCACAGUCUGUGUCCAACGCUCUGCCCUUGGGCUACCAGCACCCUCCUUUCUCGCCCACGGGCGCAGACAGCAUUGCCUCCGACGCCAUUUCUGUGUACAGUCUCAGCUCAAUCGCCUCCUCCAUGAGUUUUGUCUCCAAGCCCGAGGGGGGUUUGGAAGGCGGGGGUCCCCGAGGACGACAGGACUAUGAUAGGUCCAAGAGCACCCACCCGCAACGAGCCACCCUGCCACGGCGCCAGACGUCCCCACAGGCCAGACGUGGGGCCAGCAAGGAAGAAGAAGAAUACGAGGGGUUCUCCAUCAUCAGCAUGGAGCCUCUGGCAACCUACCAAGGCGAGGGGAAGACACGCUUCUCCCCAGACCCCAAGCAGCCCUGUGUCAAGGCCCCAGGUGGUGUGAGGCUUUCAGUCAGCUCUAAGGGAAGCGUCAGCACUCCCAACUCCCCCGUGAAGAUGACCCUGAUCCCCAGCCCAAACUCACCCUUCCAGAAAGUGGGGAAACUGGCAAGCUCAGACACAGGUGAGUCGGACCAGUCCAGCACGGAGACCGACAGCACUGUGAAGUCCCAAGAGGAGAGCACCCCAAAGCUGGACCCCCAGGAGCUGGCCCAGAGGAUCCUAGAGGAGACCAAAAGCCAUCUCCUGGCAGUAGAGCGCCUUCAGAGGAGUGGUGGCCCAGCCGGCCCCGACCGAGAAGAUAGUGUGGUAGCACCCAGCAGCACCACAGUCUUCAGGGCAUCAGAGACCAGCGCCUUCAGCAAGCCUAUCCUCUCUCAUCAGAGGAGCCAGCUGUCGCCACUCACUGUCAAACCACAGCCCCCAGCCAGGAGCUCAUCUCUUCCCAAGGUGAGCAGCCCUGCCACGUCAGAGGUGUCGGGCAAAGAUGGCCUGAGCCCUCCUGGCAGCAGCCACCCAUCACCUGGCCGUGACACUCCAGUCUCCCCGGCAGACCCGCCACUCUUCAGACUCAAGUACCCCAGCUCUCCUUACAGCGCUCACAUUUCCAAGUCCCCCAGGAACACUUCCCCUGCGUGCAGCGCGCCAUCUCCAGCACUCUCGUACUCUUCAGCUGGCUCUGCUCGAUCCAGUCCAGCUGAUGCCCCGGAUGAGAAGGUGCAGGCCGUGCACAGCCUCAAGAUGCUCUGGCAGAGCACACCCCAGCCCCCCAGGGGCCCCCGGAAAACAUGUCGAGGUGCACCGGGAACCCUGACGUCAAAAAGAGAUGUCCUCAGCCUGCUGAACUUGUCCCCUCGGCACGGCAAGGAGGAGGGUGGGGCAGACAGGCUGGAACUGAAGGAGCUGUCUGUGCAGCGGCAUGACGAGGUGCCACCCAAAGUCCCCACCAACGGCCACUGGUGCACGGAUACAGCAACACUGACCACGGCCGGUGGCCGCAGCACCACAGCUGCCCCGCGCCCUCUGAGACUUCCCUUGGCCAACGGUUACAAGUUCCUGUCCCCAGGAAGGCUCUUCCCUUCCUCCAAAUGUUAAAGCAGCUUCUUGCCCCCAACUCAGUGCACACUCCAGCCAGAGUCCCGGGGCCCCUGAUGCAGCGUGGUCACCCACCCACAUAGCCACUGAUACCAUCCCUCCCCGGACAGGCGGGCUCCCUGGGCAAGGUCACUGCCACGCCAAAUGCCACUGUACUCACGGGUAAACCCUGGGCCAGAUUCACCCAAAGCAGGUCUCACGUGGGAAUGGCAGCGCCUUCUCUGCCGCUUCACCCCUGCUUGAGUUAUGCUCCUGCCACAGGGCUUGCUACUAAGUCUCUAUGCAUACCUUUCCUUCAGGAGUGCACACAGCUCUCGUUGGGCUUCCAGGUGCUGGUGGGAGAUCUAACGCUCUAAGUCAAGUUCUGCACUGACGCAUUACAUUAGCCAAAAGGAGAACUAUGGUUUUCAAAAUGCCAAUUCUUUGUGAUUUAAAUCGUAGCCAUUUUUGGUGGAUUCCGAAGUCACAGCCACAAUGCAAUAACUCGCGUUGAAAGCUUGCAUCCCCAGCUGCUCCCUGUGAGCGAGGCCAGGGGCCUUUCUGACCCCACUGUUGGCCAAACUUGAAUUUUCUUAAAAAAAAAUAAUAAAAAUAAAAAUUCUGUACUCUUGUCCAGGCAUUUUAGAACUAUGCAAUUGUGGUUUAAAACACAACAUUGUGCUUUUAAAACAUAACUGACCUUUUUUCUACAUGGACAAACACUUGGUUUUAUUAUCAAUAGUACUUUGCAUUUAUAGCCAUUAUUUUUAAAAGCUGGAGAAAUUUUAAAUGUCAAAUUUUGAAUAUUCAUCCAUAAGUAGUAAUCAAGUUUUCCUGGGGGCAUGGUUGAAAUUAUUCACUUUCCUUAUUUAAAGAAAAAAAUGAGAAAGAGGGAAAAAAAGAAAAAAAAAAAAACAAAAAACAAAAAACAGAAAACAAACAAAAAUCCAGUCAGUCCCCUGGCUAGCAAGACUGGAACCCCUGCCAUGUUAUCAGCUGCCUUGCUGCGUCUCUGUCUCUCCUCUUCUCCCUGCAGAGCUCUCCUCUCUUGGUCACCAGGCCCCGCUGGCUGCCACUCAGCAGGUCAGUCUUUGCACACACUGCACCACCACCAGGUCAGGCGAGAAUACCCCUCCCUCCCUCCCUCCCUCCCUCCCUCCCUCCCGUGUGAGCAGUGAGACUUAAGUCCCCCCUCCCUCCUCACUGUGAGAGCAGACAUCACCACAGGGGUCCAGGGGCCUGCAUGACAUCAUGACCCCAGGGCACUCCUGACCUUGAAGGAGGCUCUGACUUGGGUUUGUUUCUGGUUGUGGGGUCCGCAGGAAUCUUCCUGCCUCAGCCCACACCAACACACCACACUAGGACCUCACUCUGUAGCCGCUACCUUGUGCUGCUGUUUUGUAAACUGACUCCUUGUCACUCCAGUGAGUUUUGUCCUAGAGGAUUCUGCAUUUGACCCAACCGCCUCAGUGACAAUCACAGUAAGGGGACUGCCAUUCUAACCUGGCCCAGGCCCUAGGAGAGAGAUAACUCCACAAAGCAGCACAUACUAUCUUAGGUUAGCAGGGAGCUAACUCACCAUGUAGCAGAUGAAAAAAACCAAACCCAGCACUGUGCAUAAAUACCACUUGCCAAGAAGUCAGGUCCUCGGCAACCGAGAAUCAACCUCAGCACAAACGCAGGUGGCUGGGCUCUGUUCCCCCUUAGCCACCACCUCAGCCUCUCCCCUCCCCUGCCCCCAAGUGCCCAGGAGCUUGGCUCUCUGUGCUUUCGUCCAGGGCGCAGCCCGCCAUCAGCAAAUACCUCCGCCCCUCAAACCAUGUGUGGUUGCCAAGCCAUGGAGGAGGACUCCCAGGCUGCCUAGGUACGCUGUUUUUCCUCUGACUGACACUGAAGAGCAAAUUGGUACCUGGGCUGCUUUCUAUUUGUCUCAGAUGUGAAUUCCGAUGAAGGAAAACAGAGUUGGCAAAACUAACGGGACCGGUGUGCAGACCCAAGUCAUCGUUUAUGCCAGUCUUGGCAACGACUCCACGCAUGUGAAAUAAAAGUCAAAUGAAGUUCUCAGCUACGUCGCAAAGCGGACACUUCAAAUCACGAGACUGUAUGACCAGAGUUCUGUAUGGGUCAGGGUUUGGCGACCGUGACCCACAGCUAAGGCUGGUGAAUGAGUUUGAAGUUCUAUUUGUUUGUCUUGGCAGUAAGUCAGCAAUGGAUUUUACCUUUUAAAAUGGUUAAUGAGUACAGCAGAAAUCCUGAUUUUUGCCUCUUGGUUCACAAAGCCUGAAGUCACCUGUUACCCAGCCUCUUAAAAGAAAGGUUGGCAACUCCUGAUACACAUAACUGAAAAAAAAAAAAAAGGCCAGGAAGUAUUCAAGGAAGCAGGGGAGACCGACUGGCCCAUUGGGCCCAAAGCCUCAGCGAGGCCUCACACUUGGUGGAGGUGGCUCCGACCUAGCUCUUGGCUCUUCAAGCCAACAGAUCUGAGUCAAAGUUACAAAAUCGGUCUCUGUUUCCCCUUUGCUGGUAGUAGAGAGACAUCCCCUUAAGCUCAGGAAAUUUAAAAAAAAAAAAGUUUUUAAUACAUUUUUUCCUUAAAUGUUCUACCCUGCCCUACCAGACAAAGAUAUGCUCCAGACCAGCAGAAGCCUCCUCUGGGAGCCUGGUGGGACCACACAGCAAGGCCGUAGGCUGCCCCAGUUUUCACCAGCAAUGACUCCUAACUGCAAACACACCCAAGAAAAUCACCCACCAAAACUUACACAUUGUUUCUGCACCAGUGCACAGGUCUCACCUUCCUCCCCCUUUAAAAAAGAAAGAAAGAAAGAAAAAUCAGUCCACACUGAUCAGUGGGUCACUGGUGAGGUGCUGCCGGGCACAGUGGUCCUCAGCACCUUGCAAACGGGCAAAUGGCAACAGUGCAGCUUCCCCUCACACACUGUACUCCUGGCUUGUGAACUGGGCCUGUUUGUAGAGGAUCCUAGAGACGUCCAUGCCAGCACUCACCCACCCACCCUCCCCGUUGUCCUGGGCACCUCCCUACUUGGCAUUCACUCUCCUUAUAUGCAUUGUUAGCCACCUUUGGCCUACAUGGACUCUUUUUUGUAAAUUACACAAUUUCCAGACAGCAUUAAACUUUUUAUAUUAUGAAAUUUUGCCAUGUAAAAAGAACUCCAUAUUUUUAUUGAGGCUGCAGGGCGCUUGGCCCUUCCUUUGUGAUUCAGUGUCUAUUAAAGCAUGAGCCUGUCAGUUUUAAA